AUGGUAUGUCUGAACACCAGCACCCACUCCCAUCCAGACACUUUCCUGCUGGGUGGCAUCCCAGGACUGGAGGAGGCCCAGUUUUGGAUCGCCUUCCCUUUCUUCAUCAUGUAUGUCAUUGCCGUGCUGGGAAACGUCAUUGUCCUCUUCAUUAUAAAGACAGAGCCGAGCCUGCAUGAGCCCAUGUACCUCUUCCUGGCCAUGCUGGCCAGCACCGACGUUCUCCUCUCCACGUCCUUGGUCCCCAAAAUGCUGGGCAUCUUCUGGCUGAACUCCAGAGAGAUCGGGUUCCACGCCUGCCUGACUCAGAUGUUCUUCGUUCAUGCCUUCUCCUCGGUGGAGUCGGGGGUGCUCAUGGCCAUGGCCUUGGAUCGCUACGUGGCCAUCUGCUGCCCACUCCAGCACUCCAGCAUCCUGUCCAUCCCAGCCAUAGUGACAAUCGGGAGCCUGGUGCUGGCCCGUGGGGUCCUUCUGGUGAGCCCCUUCUCCUUCCUCGCGCACGGGCUGCCCUUCGGCCAGAGCUGCCUGAUCUCCCACUCCUACUGCGAGCACAUGGCCGUGGUGAAGCUGGUGUGUGGGGACACGCGUGUCAAUGUCAUUUAUGGCCUCUUUGUGGCUUUCAUGGUGGUGGGGUUUGAUGUGCUGAUCAUAUUCAUGUCCUACGCGAUGAUCCUCCAAGCCAUAUUGAGACUCCCAUCCACAGACGCCCGUCUCAAGGCCUUCAGCACCUGCGCGUCUCACUUGUGUGUCAUCCUGGCCUUUUACAUCCCGGGCCUCUUCACCUUCCUUGCCCACCGCUUUGGGCACAACAUCCCUCACCAUGUCCACAUCAUGGUGGCCAAUCUCUACCUCCUGGCGCCUCCCAUGUUAAACCCUAUUGUGUACGGGGUGAAAACCAAGCAGAUCCGGGAGAGGAUGCUCCGUAUCUUCAGCAGAAAGGAAUUGGAGCAGCGUGUGCCUGUCUAA